AUGGCAAGCACAUCAACAACACCCCGGACUCCGGUUCGGACUGACCCUUCCGCUGUCGCCGCAGAGACAAAGGAUCAACGCAGAGCGUCAUCUUUAAGCUUCCUUCGUCGCUCCAAAUCAAUUGAACUCUUGGGUGAGAGGAGACCAUCUGCAAGCAAAAGUGGCAAGAAUAUACCGACGGAAGCGGAAUCUCACCAUCAACGCGCAUCAAUGCUAUACCACCAACCUCCCCGUCUUCCAAGCUUGUCUCCGGCUCCAGUCCUGGACACUUUUGGUGGCGAGUCACCACGAGAAACCACUGCAGCGCCUCCCACCCAGUCUCCCGUGCCCCGUCCGCAGAGUGUGUCCCGCAGUACGAUGAGUACGCCAGUGAAGCCAGAGAGCAGCGAUCCAUACGCGCGCGCGGAAAGCAUGGCAAACCGUGGACGUUAUAGCUAUGUAAGCAGCGCUGCUAGUUCCGUCAACAACCCGCGCCGUCUACGUCGUCGCAAAGAUCCUACUCCAUACAAUGUUCUUGUUGUUGGCGCAGGUAACUCGGGCAAGACAUCGUUCCUCAAGUUUCUCAGAAAGUCUCUGGAGCUGCCCAGCAAGCAUUCAAAUCGUCAGCCGAGUGGCCUGGAAGAUCAAGAGGGUCUGUCUACAACAGGCGAAGGCUACACUUCCUCCUAUCUUGAGACUGAAAUCGACGGUGAGCGGGUAGGCCUUACUUUCUGGGACUCACCGGGCUUGGAGAAGAACAUUGUCGAUAUCCAACUACGUGGUGUAACAGGCUUCUUGGAGAGCAAGUUCGAGGAAACCCUGAGGGAGGAAACGAAGGUCAUUCGCUCUCCCAACGCCCGAGACACGCACAUACACUGCACUUUCCUGAUUCUCGAUCCCGUACGCUUGGAUCAGAACAUCGCGGCCGCUGAAAGAGCAGCGCAAGGGACUCCAAGAUCAACCGACUCAACCAUAAUUGGCAUCCUAGAUGAAAGACUGGAUGUGCAAGUCCUACGAACCAUGGUGGGAAAGACCACUGUCGUCCCAGUAAUCAGCAAAGCCGACACAAUCACUGCCGGGCACAUGGCAUACUUGAGGAAAGCAGUCUGGGAAAGUCUCAAAAAGGUCAACAUCGAUCCCUUGGAAAUAUUGACUCUGGAAGAUCAGGAAGAAUAUACUUCUUCAGAAAGCGGUGACGAGGAGGAGUCUGGCGAUGAUGAGGGGAUCUCUAGAUCUUCCGCCCCAUCCGAACCCAGCCAGAACGCUCCCGAGCCCCAAACCGUGCCUCAGCUACUUCCCUUCACCACUUUGUCUCCCGAUCCAUACUCGCUGAAGUCUGGGGAUGAGCCCAUUGGCCGCAAAUUCGCGUGGGGUUUUGCCGACCCAUACAAUCCAGAGCACUGCGAUUUCCUCAAAUUGAAGGAGGCUGUCUUCAAUGACUGGCGGAUCGAGCUUCGGGAAGCGAGUCGUGUGGUCUGGUAUGAGAGAUGGAGAACCAGCCGCCUCAACCGUCAUGUCGCCACGUCUCCUGCUCCUUCCAAAGACCUUGCCCAGAAGAAGGUGGGCGACCCACGGUCGCGAGGCCGUUCCAAGUCCCCAGGCGGCCGUAUCCGCGAUCGUUCCAAAUCUCGCGACAGUCGGCAGCCUCCAACCCUUGACCGCACUUAUUUGUCUUCCGCUCCGGCGGACGGGAAGUUGAGGACCAGAUCCAGGAGCAGAGGUGCUGCGCCAGGUGACUUUAUCCGGUCUAAUCAUCGUUAUGGCCCCUCUGAUAGCCGGGAUCCUUACUUAGGAAUCGAGCACGGUCGAGACUACUACUACCAAUCUGAUUCGGGCGAAAGCAAAGGUGCAAAGCGCGACAGUAGAUACUCUUCUUCCGCUCAUCGCCGCGAUGCGCGCUACGAGAGCUACUCGGAGAACUCGUACUCGGACUCGGAGGAUGAUGCGCUUGCCUACGGUGACCUCCCCGAUGAUGACCUGGAGCGAAGUUAUUACGGAUAUAAGGGUACCGGCCGCGCUGCGUCACCGCGUCAUGGGGGCGCUAUGAUGUCCGGUGCACUCAAUCCGGGUGCACCCCCGGCUGGGGCGUCAUCUCGCUCUGGGGAUGGCAUCAAGGAGCGGGUUCCUGGUAGUCAUCCUAGCUAUGCCAGACCCGACCCUUUCAAAUAUGCUGCGCAAUCUCAGCAUCCUCACGCUCAACCUUCACAUUACGGUGACCCUCUUGCUUCAUCUACCGUACCAUCUACAUGGGCACCGAUACCUGAGUGUGAGCGACCGGGGUUUGUACCUCCAUUGCCUCAGAGGCCUAAUCAAGCAAUGCCUGGUGCAUACCCAGCCGGCUCUACUCAGCCUGAGAUGCCUGCCGCAACCACUGCAGCCCCAAUGCCUACAUACAGAUAUGUCGAUCCAAGUUCGACACAGAACCCUUAUGCGCCGCAGAAUGGUCGCCCGCUGUCGGUGUCUGCUGCCAAUACAUACGCAGCUGGAGUGGGCUCUUCAGCCCACCAACGCUCCGCAUCGAGCGAUGCGGCAAUCAAGCCUUCAUAUGCUGCCCCAACCCCGUUUCAGUAUGCACAAGUUGAUCCCAACGUGAAAUACUCGACCAAAAGUGCCGCGCAAAAUGCUACCAAGCCGGUCACGUAUUCCGCGGCGCCUCAAUACUCGAAGAGCGGCGGCGCACAGGCCAAUGACUCGCCUUAUAGUGGAGUCAAAUACACGGCUGCUCCUCAACUUCCUAAAACUCCGACCAGUCGUCAGGAAAGCGGUCCGCAGUACGUGGAAAUUGCACCUGGAAACCGGAAUGCUGGCCGACCUCACAGUCACUCCGUAUCGUCGGCCCAUAAUCUCACAGUUGCUGGCCCUGACCCGACUCAACGACCGGCCAGCCCGCUCCAAGAGCCGUACAAAGGGACCUAUCAAAGUAUAUCGCCGAUGCCAUCACCUAUUGUCAUUUCGUCACGGUACGAUGAUGACAUCUCAGACCUAGAGCUAGUGGGCACUAGUUCAGACGAGGGAAAGAGGGAACACAGACGCAAGAAGAGUAAGGACGAGAGGGAGUUGAAACCCGAUCGUGUGAGACGGGAGAGUAGCCGAGUACGGCACGAACGACAUGGGUCCACCGGUCCUGACGCUCUCGUCAUGAUAACCCCCAGCAGCAGUCGAAAACGAGUUACCUUCUACGAUGCAGGUCCUGAUGCUCUAGCCUUGCAACAGGCUCUAUCGCACACGCGACAUGUCGACAAUAAGACCCUGAUUAAAGUGCUGCCACACUUGACAAGCGAUGAAAUCCUGGAUCUGCGCAAAGAGUACAAAAAGCACGUCAAAGUCCACGGAAAGGGAGUGAACCUGGCGAAGCACGUCCGACUGAAUCUGGGCAACAGCGCUUUUGGCAAAGUAUGCUAUGCUACGGCUUUGGGACGUUGGGAGUCCGAGGCCUAUUGGGCAAAUUGCUACUACCAGUCAAGUACAUCUCGGCGUGAACUCCUGAUUGAGUCUCUCUUCGGUCGGACAAAUGGCGAAAUCAGUGAGAUCAAAGAAUGCUUUCGGGAUUCACGGUACUCGGAUAGCCUGGAAAAGUGUAUGAAAGCCGAACUGAAGGCAGAUAAGUUCCGUUUGGCAGUCCUACUUGCUCUCGAAGAGACUCGACAGAACGAACGAGAUCCACUUGAUCCAGAACUUAUUGAGCGAGAUGUGCACGAGUUACAUCGCGCUCUGAUUUCGCGCCAUGGAGGUGAGACGGCGAUGAUCUAUAUCAUCGUCCGGCGAAGCGAUCCUCAUCUUCGAGAAGUGCUACGCGCUUACGAGAAGGUCUACCAGCGCAACUUCGCUCGGGCCAUGAUGGAAAAGUCGCAAAAUCUCGUGGGCGAGACACUUGCACAUAUAUUGAACGGAGCAAUCAAUCGACCCAUGCGUGAUGCUCUCCUUCUGCACCAAGCGCUACGCGAAUCACGCACGGGUAAGGAGCGGUCCGAGCUCCUGAUCUCACGACUGGUCCGGCUUCACUGGGAGCCACGACACUUGGAAAAGGUCAAGAACGAGUUCCGGCAGCGGUACCGCGAGCGGCUGGAAGACGCUAUUGCCGAGGAAGUAUUGACAAGUAGCGGAGGUAGCGAAUGGGGAGAAUUCUGUAUCGAGCUAGCUCGCAGCUCCAAGACUCUUGUUGGCCGCGGUUGA